GUUUUGACAUACCACACCUACGUCGUCACACCGCAGCUUGGCCCGUUAGUCACGGGUUUGCUUCCUGGAGGAACGGGUAAUGAGUAUUCUACCCUGAAACUGUGUGGUGUAGACGGACAGCCGGCCUGCCUGCCUUCCUUGUGUGUGUUUGUGUGCAUGUGUGUGUUUCUCGUUGUGAAAUCCCUGAGUUGUGUGUUUGAAUGUGUGUUAAAGGGACUUGACUCGGCCUUGACAUUUAAGGAACUUACGCAAUAACCUGAAACCGAGCAAGUGAAAGCCACAUGGAGCUACCAGCCAUCCAGGAGAAUGACCAGCCACUCGUUAACGGGCAUACAACUGGGCAGGGGAAGGACGAGGCUCCCCCCGAACACCUGGUAACCUCGAGAGAGCGAGAGUACCUAGCCCGUGUCUGCUGGCUGCUACACGAUGUUGGAACCCUGGCCCUACGCACAACGUUCGACUCCAUCCACCCGCCACUGUCGCUACCCGACCACCUGCAGCACGUGCACGUGAAGACCAUGCUUCAGAAACUGCAUCAGCAGAGCAUUCCUCCAGAAGACAGAGUGGUCAUUACCAAAUGCUACAAACUUUUCCACGACACUGUGCAAGCCGAGGACGUCCUUGACCGACUGCAGCAAGGUCAAGUGGUUAAGGUCACAGACAGGCAAGAAAUCAUGGCGCCUAGCAAGAACGUUGACCGAAUGCAAAUCUUGCUGCCUAAGAUAAUGAAGUCUCCGAUCUCAUACGCCUUCAAGUUACUGUGUGAUGCCAUCAAGUUCAAGUACCCUCGCAUCUAUGAACAAGUCAUGAAGACAAGGAAAGCCGUUUACAAACAAGGGAUUUCUGAUAGCAUCGACUACGUUGGACUCAGCAUUGAAGGUCUUCAGGCACAUUACAAGGAGGUCUUCUCCAAAAUGCGUCCGUUGGCGUGGGCUGAAGGCGAGGAGGUGACGAUCAAAGACUUCUUCUGUCAGCCAGAGAUUGUCUGCUCUGACGGCCCCAAAAUAUCCCUGACCGACCUGCUCCCACCACGCUCGUCAGCAAGCAGAGGACCCAGGGUUGUCCUAGAAGGUUUUGCUGGAUCCGGAAAUACAAGCCUGGCAGCCAUGAUGACCUACUUAUGGGCUACUCAGAGUGAUUACUUCACCAACAAGUACAAGUUUCUUCUUCAUCUGGAUGCUCACGCCUUCAAACAAAGCCUGGAUGAGGAGGUAUACAAUCAGCUCUUGCCGCCAAAUUUCAAAAUGUCGCAGUCAGAGUUCUGGAACCUGAUCGAAAACAACGCCCGUGACGUCAUAGUAUUGCUGGACGGCUGGGAAGGUGGUCAGGGUGGUCCAGACAUAUCUGCACUUGUCCAAGGUUCAAUUUUACGUUCUGCAGCCGUGCUCAUAUUUGUCCGACCAGAGGCACGGGUGGAUAGCUUCGUCAAGCCAGACUACAAACUCUUCAAUCUGGGCCUCAGUGUAUCCGGAAUUUCCCGCUGCUUAGGCAACUUUUGUCACAUCUUGGACGAGCCCAGUGACGUGAGCGAUGACGGGAGCGAAGCUGCUGACGUCAUCGCUUUUCCUCUGGAGUCGUGCCAGGCCAUCUCCGAUCUACUCAAACUUCCGUUCUGCUGCACGGCCGUCAUGGCUGUGUACCGGGUGCUAGGUCGAGAGAAGCUCGAGACCAUCUCCUCACUCACAGGAUUGAUGGAGCAGUACCUUGUCGCACUGGCUUUUGCUUUCUGCCAGAACGAAGGGUUGGAGGUUCAAGAACAAGAGUUUCCCGAAGUGGUAACACGGACGAUUAGUCAGCUUGAAACACUGGCUUUCCAUUCCGUUUCGACCAAGUCUUUGACUUUUACGGACGAUGACCUCGUCGGCGUGACCUCUAACCCCGCAGUGACGCAGAUGGGCGUUCUGACUAAAGCCGGACCAGGCUUACGCUGGAAGUUCACUUGCACCUUACUUCGGGACUUCCUAACUGCAAGAUUUUUAGCAGAUCUUCCGCAAAAUGAGCUUGUGAGGAAACUGGAAGACCAUCACUUCCUGAGGUCUCCUAGAGCUGCGUCUAUAGUGGCGUUUUGCCUCGGACUCUACAGAAACGACCACUCUGCGCAGACAUUGGACUUUCUCUUUAGUCAGAUGGCGUCUCUGAACGCGCGCCGAAGCAAAAAAGUAGUUUUCAAGCCGAAGGCAGAACCCGACUUUAUGGACGAGAAUCAUCUGAGAAGUGGGGCAGCAAUGUCGUAUUGUCACAGUCUUAUGGCUUUAACAGAGGUGGAGGGGAGAAGCGACGCCAUAGAAAUCUUAGCUAACUCAUUUCCUAGGCUGCUGCAGCUUCGCGGAGAAGGCAUCAUUAAUCCUCGAAUGGUGUCUGGGCUUUGCUACAUGUUGAAGGACCCUAAGGUGAAAGUGUUGAAUGUUGAGAUAAAUCUCGUGAACCUACACACUAGACAAAAGGAGCUGUAUCUCUCCAUAGCCGAGGCGCUCAGUCAAACGUCUCAUCUGAAAACCCUGACGGUGGCGUGGUCCUCUCUAUCACUAAUGUCUGAGUUCCUCAAGGUUUGCCUCUCUAAGAGACCGGCUCUGCAGAUUUUGCGAGUUGAAGACUUCACCAAGAAGGCCAUAAAAACCGUUGAGGCGUCGACCUGGGCAGAUCUGCAAGAAUUCUGCUCUUGUCUCUCAUCCGUCACACAUUUCUCCUUUUACGGCUGCCAUAUGUCGUCUGUAACUUGUCACGUGAUCAACUCACUUCCGGCAGAGCUGCAAAUUCUGGACCUCGCCAGGUCUUCUAUCAACAUGAUCGGCGCUGACGCCCUCGGGAAGUUUAUGGAAAAUUCUGUCGCAACGCGAGAGCUUCGUCUGACGGACACCGAACUAGAGGGGACAGACCUAGCCGCGCUGUUCCAAGGCCUAAAACGAUGUGAGACCUUGACCUGCUUAGGCCUAUCUGGGGUCAGUCUGGGAAGGACUGGGUUCGUUCAUCUCAUUGAGUACCUGCGCUUGGCAUCCACUGUUCGUGACCUUGACCUCUCCCGAGGACGCCUCAGCAUGGAAAUGUGUUCGGCCUUGGCUGAUGUCUUGAGUGAAGUGCGUGGCUUGAAAAGAAUUGACUUUACUGACACGAUAGUUCCAGCCAAGGGUAGGGAAGUACUGGAGGCGAACGCCACUGAGGCUAUAUAUCUGGACGGACUGGAUAUUGACGAAGUGUGAGGAACUGGACAUCCAGAGGGGUCUGAAGGACUGGACGUUGAUGAGUCUGAGGGAUUGGUCAUUUGAAGGACUGGUCAUUUAAAAAAUCCAUGAUCAGUGGAGCUGGACACUAAAAUGAUCUAAAGGAUUGAAUAUUGAGUGAGUCUGUGGGACAUGGUAUUGAGGAGUGAGGGACCUGAUAUUGAGGAGUCUGAGGGACUGGAUAUUGAGUGAGUUAGGGACUUAGAAUUGAGAAAUUCUGAGGAACUGAACGUUGAGGGGGUUUGAAGAACUGGGACUUUAGGGGGUUUGAGGGGCUGGACAUCAAGGUCUGUUCGAUUUAACGGCAAAAUAUCUCCUAUUGUGAGCACGACGACAACAACGAUGAUGAUGAAAAUGAAAUACUGAGAUCGAUAUGCAGAAUGAAUCUUGGUAUUAGUUUAUUUCUUGCAUUAACCCAGAAGACCUUAGAACAGCUAGAAAUGUGUGCUUCCCAGGAAGCAUACAGUGAAAAGCAGACCAUUGAGCGCUCAAAGGAAACAAAUUGAUAUAAAUUAGCUGGGUCCUAAUUCCUGCCCGGUUGAAGGGAGUAAAAUUCAUGUAAAGUGUCUUUCCCAAGGACACGACCCCUGAUGAGGCUCAAACUCACAUCCUUUGGGUUGUGAGUCUAAUAACCUAAGCACUAGACUACCGACGUCAUUGUAUAUUAUUAUGGAUAAAAUAUUUUGUAUAACAUCCUCUCUUGUAUUAUAUAACAACUGUUUCUCCAUUAUAACAUUCAUGACAACUUCUGAUCUCAUGCAUUUAUAUUACACAUUUCUUCAGAUCAAUCAAAUCCAUCUCCUUUCUGUUGCACUUUUCAAAUAAAAAAAAACCCAUGUUGAUAACAGCUUACGCAGUUUUGAUAAUUUAUGAUAAAAAGAUUAAAACUAUUUUUGCCUCUUCUCA